UUCCUAUUGGACUGGAGGGUAUCCGUGGCUGGUCUCCGAUUGGUCGCCGGGGCUUGUGUACGCGAUCACCGUGGACGCCGGAUCAACGUAUCUCGCUGCGUGAUCAUUCACAGUGCGCGCGUCGUGGAGCGCGGGAGUGUCGAUGCGUGAGAAGUGCGCGGCGCCGAGUACGAAUACACGUUGCCGGUGCGGGAAACGCGCGCGAUCAAAAUGUGACGCUCGAUGGAUCUCGUGCGGGAACAACGAUCAAAGAAUUCGUCGAUCAACGGAAUGAACUUGACCCCGAGUGAAAGUGUCAGCGAUCGCGAACACUUACCGGAGAACAUGAGAUUCCCGUAACAGGCCGAACAUGGAGAACCAAGGCUUCGAGGAGGAGCACCAAUCGAAACCCGAGGUGGCCGCCUUCUCGCGACAAUCGUCGCCUGCCCAGGAGCCUCAGACGCGUUCGUUUCAACCGUCCAGGUUCGAUCUCCGUUCCCCGCUGUCGAACUCGGACGGCCACGUGUACGAGGACGUCUUGCCAGCCGUCGAGGAGGUACUCCCUAAAACCGCGUCGCGCCCGUCCACUCGAGAUCCUCAGAGAUCGGGCGCCGGCAGCGCUCAACGGUCCUUCGAUGUCGUCGAUCGGGAGGAGGAGACGCUGCCCGUCUUCCGUCGCAAUCUCACGCUGCCGUUUCGCAAUGGCGGCCUCGAUCCGUCCACGGCCGGUUCUUCCGUCCGCGUGACGAAUCGCGAGAGAAGCAACGUCUGUCGCGAAGACGCGGAAGUCGACGAGGACGUCUCGAUCGGCGGUCGGGCUCAGUCGAGCGAAUGCAGGCCGAACAGGAGACGCAGGAAGAAGGACUGCAAGCACUGCAGGAGCAAGGCUGCCGCCACGGCGAACGUGCGCGAGCAACACGAGGCCGACGACAGGGAACUGGAGGGAACAACGGUGCUGAGGAAGAACAGGGACAACGAUCAGCAGCGAGUGGCCGAUAGUCCGCGAACGAUCCUCGACGAGCCUUGUGAUUUCGGAACGCUCGGCUCGGGCCAGGGUGGAGGCGACUUCCCUCUGAAAGGGAACUGCGCGCCGAUGGUCUACACGAUCUCCGACAAUGUCGGGGAAGGUGAAAACAAGGCGACGUUGAUCGAAUACGAACGGAGUCCUGGUCAAGCGAUCGAGGCUAACAGCAAGGAGGACAAGGCGUUGAUCUCAGCGGAGAAGAGCAGAGCUGGCAUGAGGGUGAACUCGAUCUACUCGCAGGAUCGUUGGUACGCCAACAAGGAAGCACCGGAAUUCUUCAACGACGCCAAGGAACACGGAUCGUUUCAGAGGGCCUAUUCCCUCCCAGUGCGAACUCCGUCCUCCCAAAAUCGGGUCAAUUUACGACGAAGCGUCAGAGGGGAACCACCUCCGCAUCCGGCCAGACUGCGUAAACACCGCCACGGUUGGACACUGCAUUUCACGCGGCCUCUCGAGGCUUCCGGAUGCACCAGGUCUGUCGUCAUUCUGCUGAUUGUCAUUUUGGCGCUUUUGGGGAUAGGAGGUGUCGCCCUCUACAUUGUAUUCGAGCCCGAAAAGCUGCAGAUGAUCCAACAGUACCUGAAGUCGUCGGCGAGCAACUCGUUGCAAAACAAUACUCUACCCGCGGGAAUGUUUCUUCAGAAUGCCAAUGGUCGCGCCAAAAAUGACACUUCGACAGCAUGGACGUCGGUGACAUCAACGACACCUAUCAGCAACACCCUAGACACGAGCGUCUUUUUGAGCGGCGACCAGUCGUUUUCGGAGAGCGGUACACCGCCGACCUCUGAAACGGAGACGGAAACGGAAACGACUAGUCCACCCAAUGUUAACUCCACCAGAUAUUGCGACGAUUGUUUACACGGCGAAGUCUGCGUGGCUCUCGUGGACGAAGAGGUGCCCAUCUGCAGGAUAGGUCUUGAUCUCGAAGAUCCGACCGGAUGCGCUGGCUUCUGCGUCGUCGACAAGCAGAGGUGUCAUCGUCUCGACAUCGAUGCAUUUAGGUGCGUGGAGAUCGAGCAUUACUGUCUGGACGACGAGUGGACAUGCUCGAACACGUUAUGCAUCCCUCUGACCAAACAUUGCGACGGGCAUAUGAAUUGUUACGACCAUUCGGACGAGUACAAUUGCGUCUGCGAUCUGGAGACGCAUUUCCAGUGCGGUAACGAGACUUCCUGCCUGCCAUUGGAAAAGAGAUGCGACGCCAAGAUAGAUUGCUGGGACGCCGCCGACGAGAUUAAUUGCACGCUAGGUCGUAAUCUCGGUCGGUCGUGUCCGUCGGAAAAUGAGUUCACGUGCAGCAAUGGCCAGUGCAUAUCGAAGGCACGAUUCUGCGACGGCUUGCCGGACUGUGACGACAGAUCCGACGAGCCACAUGGAUGCCAAGGACGGUGCAACAAGCACGAAUUCACAUGCCAAAAUAGUAGGUGCAUCGCGAAGGGGAUGAAGUGCAACGGGAUCGACGACUGCGGCGACGGGACCGACGAGAGGCACUGCAAAAAUCGAUUUUUUUAACUUUAUUCUCGCGUCGAUGUGAAGUCGAUGUCGUUCACGCGACACGACGCGUAUACAGUAUUUUUAUUACAGAGAGGACGAAUGUAAUUAAUGUAUAUAUAUAUAAUUAUGUAUAUGUAACUGUGCUGUAUAGAUAUGCAAUGGUGCGUAAAUAAAUCGUUUACAAGCGUUAUAUACUUAAUCGCAGGAUAUAUAAUCAGGAAACGAUAUAUGUAUAUAGUUUAUUGAUCCGUGUAUAAUAAUUUCGAUUACAAACAUCGAUAUUUACUACAACGCGGGUCUCUUUGA